AUGAUGUUAGCCUGGCUUCUGAAUUCUCUUAGCAGAGAGAUAGCAGAAAGUGUGAUUUACUCACAGACAACUGAGGAUCUUUGGAAUGAACUGGAGCAGAGAUAUAGGCAAACGGAUGGCGCCAAGAUGUUCCAAUUGCAGAGAGAGUUGAACAACAUAUCUCAAGGGACCAAUGAUGUUGCUGGAUACUUCAACAGGCUAAAGAAGAUUUGGCAUCAAACAAAGAUGAAUGAAGAUCAGAAGUUGAUCUGGUUCCUCAUGGGACUGAAUGAAAAUUUUGGUAGCAUAAGAGGAAACAUCCUCAUGAUGAAACCACUUCCUACCACAUCACAUGCAUAUUCAAUCGUAUUGCAUGAAGAAACACAGAUGGGAGUGCACUCUGGAAACCAGGUUAAUGGUACCACUGACUCUACUGCUUUCAAUACUAAUUCACAAAGAUGGAACAAUGACAGGGGAAACAGUGAAUACAAAGGAAAUAAUCAAACUUUAAAUCAAUAUGCUAACAUUGAUACGAGAACGAACAAUAGCUUUUGUUCUUAUUGUAAGAAGCAGGGUCAUGUGAAAGAGAAGUGUUAUAAACUAGUUGGAUAUCCACAAUCCUUCAAGUUUAAUAAGCCAAAGAGAGGGUAUGGUAAUGGACAAGUUAAUGCAAGUAUAACAGAAGAUGAAAAUAAUGGAAAUAACACACUUAGAGGUAUGACUUCACAAGGAUUCACGAGUGACCAGUGUGAGAAAUUGAUCCAAAUGCUACAAACUGCUCAGACAUGA